GCUCUUCUCUCUCUCUUCUGUUCCUCUCCACUGAAUCCCUGCCCUGCAUACACUCAUCACUACAUGAAAACCACAUGGAAGGAGUUUCUGCUGUGACGCUGACACAAAACAGGAAAACAGAAAAACAGCAAAUGGACGUUGGUCAACUGAGAUGCUCAGCUGAUUGUUUCUGCAGACUCAUACUCUGGUUUUAAUCUCUUUUUUUUUUCUCCACUGUUUUCUGGUAACAUCACGAGAGGCAGCUUGUGUUACGUCUCUCCUCUCUGACUGUGCAGCUUCUACUGACUGAAACAGGAAUGCUGCAGGUUUUAUAUAGGCCUCUAAAAAUAACUCACCCCACACUGCCAUCUAUGGGCCGGACUGACAGCGCCCUGCAGCCAAUCGCUGCUCUCCAACGUCCAUUCCUCCGCCCACGCAGUACGUCGCAACGCCCCUUUAAUUGGAUCCCAGUGACAUCACCAACCCUAUUUACCUUAUACGGUCACGCAUGAAAUUGAUUGACAGCUAGCGCCGCCCCUUUCUUCCCUCCCCUCUCUCGCCGGUCGCCUGGAUUGCAGCGGGGUCCAGUCUGCUGCUGCUGGUGGAGCAAACCUGGCAACCUGGCAGCUCGUACGGAGAGCGACUGGCAAUCUGGCAAUGCGGAAAUAGAUCUGGCACCCCCGCGAUCGGACUGAGAAGAGAAGCGUGACAGAGAGCGCGUAGAUGCGAGGAACCAGCUUGAGUAGAAAUAAAAAUACUAAUAAAAAAUCAAACUCUUUCUUUCCUCUUUGAAAUUUUUAGCUGCCUUUUUGUAGAAUUCGAGUGCUCAGGUGCGCUCUUCUGCGCCAGCUGGGCUUCCCCCAGCAUUUGUUUUUGAAAUUAUUCUGAGAGAAGAAGAGAGAGAAAACACACAAGUGCGUCUUCAUCCUUUGGAUUCCGGACUUCACUGACUUUUCCACUUCUGCAUCAAACAUGGAUGUGUUGGCGAAUUACAGUAUUUUCCAGGAACUCCAACUCGUGCACGACACUGGUUAUUUCUCUGCGAUGCCUUCCCUGGAGGAGAACUGGCAGCAGACAUGUCUAGAGCUGGAGCGUUACCUACAGACAGAGCCCAAGCGACUGUCGGAACUCUUUGACGAGGAGCUCGAUUGUCUCCUAACACCAGCGUUUAUGCAGGGUGGUGACAGUGAUGAAGAUCUGAUGGACCCUCUUCUCCCCAGCCUACCUGAGCAGCCCAGCCCUCCUCCAUUACUCCUCACACUCCCCAAGGUCCAGGCCAAGGUCCUCCAGGUGCCUACCGUCAACAAGACCCCAGCAGAAGCAGGAAGUGAAACCCUUACUACCACUGAGACAGCACUUGGGGGAGUCAACGCUGCACAGCUUAGUGCUGCCGUCACAUCCCUAACACCUCCAUCUUCACCAGAGCUCGGCCGUCACCUCAUCAAACCCACACAAACACUUACUGCGACGGCGGACGGUACCUUAACGCUCAAAUUUGUGGCAAAGAAAGUGGGCUUAGGAGCGGCUAAGCUGGUGGCAGCACGAGCAUUACCAUCCCCGCCCAGCAGAGGAGGAACCCUGAGUGACAGUGAGCAAGGUGGAGGAGGAAGUCUGGGAGGAGACGUGGCAGAGAACAAGAAGAGGGUUCACCGAUGCCAGUUCAAUGGCUGUAGGAAGGUUUACACCAAAAGCUCCCAUCUGAAGGCCCACCAGCGAACCCACACAGGUGAGAAGCCCUACAAGUGCUCAUGGGAAGGCUGCGAGUGGCGUUUCGCCCGCAGUGAUGAGUUGACACGACACUACCGCAAACACACCGGAGCCAAGCCAUUCAAGUGCAACCACUGCGACAGGUGUUUCUCUCGCUCGGACCACCUGGCCCUGCACAUGAAGAGGCACAUCUGAGGGCAUCGGGAGGGAUGAGCAGGAGUGAGGAAGAAGCAGGAGAGGAUCAGGAGGAGGAGAAGUAGGAGGAGGAGGAGGAAAAGGAGGAAGGAGAGAGGGGCGAUCGAGACAUCAACCGCCCGCCUCGUUCACCCCGUCCAAAAACAUUCAGCAGCCAUGAUGCCUGGAGGGCAGCACAUCCAUCUGAGUGGGCCUCGAAGAUCAGUCGGACUGAUGGCUCUGACGUGGAGGGCGAUGAUUGGAGGAGAACGAGGAGUAGCUAAAUUGUUGUUUUUCUUAAAAAAAAAAAUACUACACAUUCACACACUUACAGUUGUUAAACACCUGUCUUUAAACGCAUCAUCCCGGUGACCUCCAGAUGCCGUCAAGUGGUUCUGGGGGAUUGGACACUGCCAAACCAAUAUAUACUUAACAUUACACAGCAUUUAAUUUCUCUGUCUUCAACGUGUUGGGUGAGAAGGUGGUUCAGUGGAGAAACUUCAAAUAUACGUAUAGUCAAGUUGUUAGUGCUCUGCCAUAUCCUGAAAUCAAAUACUCUGCUUUUUACAUUCUUUUUUUCAAUGUUUUUCCAAACAUGGACUAUAAGAAACCAUCAACCGCCGCCGUCAGUGAUUCACAUGAAGAAAACAACAAUGGCAAAUCUGCAGGAGAGAGUGACUGGUCAGAUCGGCUUUUAGCAUUGCUGACAAUCGAACCCAGGGCUCGGAGGCUGGGUGUUCGCCUGCACCCAGGGGACCUCGGUCAGCGGGUGCUACUACUGCGACUCUCAGGCUCUUCUCCAGUGGGUGUUUGCAUCUCACCUUCAGCGAGACGCCUGCCACCUCCGCUGGCUAUCUGACAGAAAUGCGCAGCGACACUUUCUUCCCUUUUUUUCUACGUAAAAAGAUGAUAAUUCUUUUUUUGUUAUUACAAAGAAUGAUACUUUGUUAUUUUCUCUCUGGGAGAAAAUUGUCUUAAAACUUACUGAAUUGUUAAACGGAAAAAA